AUGACGUCGCUCCCCAUCACUACCACUCCCUACCCUCCCGUGGCUCCUGCUGCUCCUGUCGCCGAGAAGCAGUCUGGCGCUCUGGCUGCCGUCUCCAACAAUGCUCUGGUUUCGGCGCUGAAGGACACAUACUCGGCUUUCCAGGCACGAAGAGAGGCUCUGGGCCUUACCAACCCAGGCACUGUCGAGAACGUUGCAAAGGAGGUUCAGCGCGAUGUCUUCCUCAACAACCUGUCCUUCUCUGGUCUGCGCGCCGACCUCACAAAGGCUUUCAGCGUUUCGCCGCUGUUCCAGGUCUCGCACGCUUUCUCCCAGGGCUCUCAGCAAAUACCUCCUUACGCUUUCCUUGCCCUCUACGGCACCAACAAGGUUUUCUGCCAAGGUAACCUUGACAGCGACCUUUCCCUCUCCGCUCGCUUCAACUACCGAUGGACUCCUCGUUGGGUCACAAAGACCACUACUCAGAUCCAGGCUGCCUCCAUGGCCGGUCCUGGAGGUGCCCAGUUCUCCCUCGAGAACGACUACGUUGGCGACGACUUUACUGCUCAGAUCAAGGCUAUGAACCCUUCUGUCCUCGAUGGUCCCCUUACUGGUAUCUUCAUUGGUAGCUACCUUCAGAGCAUCACUCCUAGACUUGCCCUCGGUCUCGAGGCUGUCUACCAGAGACCUGCUGCCCAGAUGGGUCCCGAGGCCAUGAUCAGCUAUGCUGCUAAGUACAAGGGCGAGGACUGGAUCGCCAGCGCUCAGCUCAUGCCUUCCGGUGGUGUUCAGGGUUCUUACUGGAGAAGACUCUCUGCUCAGCUCGAGACUGGUGUCGACCUCAACUUGCAAUUUGCUGGCAACCCCAUGAUGGGCGGUAUGAGAAAGGAGGGUGUCGCCACUCUUGGUGCCAAGUACGACUUCAGAGCCAGCAGUUUCAGAGCCCAGGUCGACACUGCUGGUAAGCUCGGUGUCUUGCUCGAGAAGAGAAUCGUUCCCAUGGUCCAGAUUACCUUUGCUGGUGAGCUCGACCACGUCAAGAACGCCGCCAAGGUCGGUCUUGCCGUCUCCAUCGAGGCUGCCGAGGAGGAGGUCAUGGCCCAACAAGAGAGCGCCAUGGCUGCCGGCCCCGUCACCCCUCCCUUCUAG